CGGACGCGCCUUCAUUAGCGGCGGGGCGGCGGCGGCGGCGGAGUCGCCAGGAUCCGGAGCAGGGCGCAGCCCCCGCCGCCAUGGCGUUCCCGCGGGAAGAAGAGGUGGGGAGGAUAAAAGAUUUCCAGGACGGCCAGGAAGCCCCGGCACUCUCCACGUGUAGCAAUGCCAGUAUCUUCCGUAGGAUAAACGCCAUAUUGGAUAAUUCUCUGGACUUCAGUGGAGUCUGCACAACACCCAUAAAUCGAGGGAUUCAUGAUCAUCUGCCAGACUUCCCCGACUCAGAGGAGACCACCGGCAGGAUGCUCUUCCCCACCUCUGCGCAAGACGCUUCCCGUGGCCUCCCAGAUGCAAACGACUUGUGCCUUGGCCUGCAGUCGCUCAGCCUCACGGGCUGGGACCAGCCCUGGAGCACCCAGGACUCGGACUCCCCCGGCCCGAGCAGCGCACACUCCGUACUGAGCAUGCUCCACAACCCUCUGGGUGGUGCCUUGGGGAAGUCCCCCUUGAGCUUCCUGCCUCUGGACCCGCUUGGAUCAGAUGUAGUGGACAAGUUCCCGACACCUGCCGUCAGAGGGUCCCGUUUGGACACCCGGCCCAUCCUGGACUCUCGUUCCAGCAGCCCCUCUGACUCUGACACCAGUGGCUUCAGCUCAGGAUCAGACCACCUCUCAGACCUGAUCUCGAGCCUCCGCAUCUCCCCUCCUCUGCCCUUCCUGUCUCUGACUGGGGGUGGUCACAGAGAUCCCUUAAAGAUGGGGGUCGGGUCCCGAAUGGACCAAGAACAAGCUGCCCUGGCUGCGGUCACCCCCUCCCCAACCGGUGCAUCCAAGCGGUGGCCAGGGGCUUCCGUGUGGCCAUCCUGGGACCUGCUGGAGACGCCCAAAGACCCCUUCAGCAUAGAGAGAGAGGCCAGGCUGCACCGGCAGGCCGCAGCUGUGAAUGAAGCCACAUGUACCUGGAGCGGCCAGCUGCCCCCGCGGAACUACAAGAACCCCAUUUACUCAUGCAAAGUGUUCCUGGGAGGUGUGCCCUGGGACAUCACGGAAGCUGGUUUGGUUAACACCUUCCGUGUCUUCGGCUCUCUGAACGUGGAGUGGCCUGGUAAGGAUGGCAAGCACCCUCGGUGUCCUCCCAAAGGGUACGUGUACCUGGUGUUCGAGCUGGAGAAGUCUGUGCGGGCCCUGCUGCAGGCCUGCUCUCACGACCCGCUGAGCCCCGACGGCCUGAGCGAGCACUACUUCAAGAUGUCCAGCCGCCGCAUGCGCUGCAAGGAGGUACAGGUGAUCCCCUGGGUCCUGGCUGACAGCAACUUUGUGCGGAGCCCCUCUCAGCGGCUGGACCCCAGCAGGACAGUGUUUGUGGGGGCCCUGCACGGCAUGCUCAACGCUGAGGCCCUGGCCGCCAUCCUCAAUGACCUCUUUGGAGGGGUGGUCUAUGCCGGCAUCGAUACGGACAAGCACAAGUACCCCAUCGGAUCUGGCCGAGUGACCUUCAAUAACCAGCGCAGUUACCUGAAGGCAGUGAGUGCAGCCUUUGUGGAGAUCAAGACCACCAAGUUCACCAAGAAGGUUCAGAUUGACCCCUACCUGGAAGACUCUCUGUGUCACGUCUGCAGUUCCCAACCUGGGCCCUUCUUCUGUCGCGAUCAGGUGUGCUUCAAGUACUUCUGCCGGAGCUGCUGGCACUGGCGGCACAGCAUGGAGGGCCUGCGCCACCACAGCCCGCUGAUGCGGAACCAGAAGAGCCGCGAGGCCAGCUAGAGGAGCCGCCCAGGCCAGCAGCCUGCACCCUGCGGCCAGGGAACUGGCUCCCCAGGAGGAGGGGAACUCUUGUCAUCUCUGCACUCGCUGAGUCUGUCUUUGUUUCUGCACUAUUACUGCACAAUGAGUUUUGUCGGGUUCUGUUUUCAGGGGGCAGGCCGGGGCGAGGACCCUCUGGCUCACCCCCCCAAGCGACUCUAGUUUUCCCAGAUUUUUAGUUCCUCAUUUUGCUGAUGAAAAGCAAAACAAGAACCACGUGUCCAGAAGGUGUUGACACAACGCCUCCAUCUAGAUUGAUUUAUUCCAGCGCUUUUUUACAUUCCUCGCAAUACUGGUGGUGAUGGCGCGUCCUCAUGGUUUUGUUCUAGCAGUUGCCAUACAGUGCCUUGCCAUUUAUUUAACCCCCACCUGAACGGUAUAAACUGAGUGUUCAGCUGGUGUUUUUUACUGUAAACAACAAGGAGACUUUGCUCUUCAUUUAAACCAAAAUCAUAUUUCAUAUUUUACGCUCGAGGGUUUUUACUGGUUCCUUUUUACACUCCUUAAAACAGUUUUUAAGUCGUUUGGAACGAGAUUUUUUUUUUUUUCCCUUUCCUGGCGGCUUUUAACAUUCUAGCAGAUGUGUGUCUGGGGAUGGCUGGUCACUGGCUCGUGGUUGCAGGCCAAGGCCUGUGCAACCUAGAGAGAAAUUGGGUUGGAAACUGGACCGGGUAACGGAGUCUGAGGGCUGCUGUACAUAGUUUUAGACAGUUUACUGCACCUUCUUCAGUUGCACUUAUGCGGGGAGGGUGGAGAGACGUUUUUAAUCACAGAGUCACAGGACUUUUUUCUUUUGUAACUGAGCAAAAAAGGGCUGCUUUUCAGUGGGGCAGGUGGAGGCUUGCAGGGCCCUUCCUCCCAGAGGGGGACAAGUACCCUCCCUUCCUUCUUUCUUCCUGUGAGAAGCAGCAGUUACAGUCGACUGAGAUGCUACUGGAAUUUGAAAACUUGACGUCCCUUUCCUUUCUUUAUUUUUUUUCUUUUAAAAAAAAUGACUUGCCCCUUUGGGAAGCUGUGUGCCAAAGAACCAGUGUCCUAGCCCCCGCCCGCUGAGCUGAUCGUUGCAUAUCCCGGCUACUCUGUGGGUUUGUGAAGCUGUGUGUGAAGUCUCUACCUCAUUGUAGCACAUGCAGGCAGACUGCGCCUACAGAUGUGUGGAGUAAGCUGUGGUGUAGUUUUUUUGGCACAUAAUAAACACGUUGCAGCAGAA